UCCAGCGCACAUCCUGUUCAAUCGUGUCCAGCCGAAGAAUUCUGCUCCCAUGUUUUGAGCCCGCUUCAGUGGGAAUACGCUACUAAUAUGUCCACCGGGUCUCUCAGCGAUGUCGACGACGAGCUCCUGGACGGCAUCCUGAAGUUUGGUUCCUCCGGUAAAGAUUCCAACGAGAGCACGGAGGAGAGCUCAAACUGCGAGGGCUCAUGCGCAAACGAGGAACGGAGAGAAACGCCCGGCAAAAAACGGAAGACAACGUCCAGGAAAACGGCGCCCAAGGGUGUGGCACAACAGGAGGGCAAGCAGGUGCAGAGGAACGCGGCCAACGCCCGGGAAAGAGCCAGGAUGAGAGUCCUGUCCAAAGCCUUCUCCCGGCUUAAGACCUCCUUACCCUGGGUACCACCGGAUACCAAGCUCUCCAAACUGGACACACUGCGCCUGGCGUCUAGCUACAUAGCACACCUCCGACAGAUACUGGCCAACGACAAAUACGAAAAUGGAUAUAUCCACCCUGUUAACCUGACGUGGCCUUUCAUGGUUGCAGGUAAACCGGAGAACGAUUUGAAGGAGAUGCUGAACUCAACGAGGUUGUGCGGAACUACGGCGUCUUGAUGCAGCUCAGUGGCAGCAGCUCUUUGCCUUUUUAAAGGAACAAUGAAAAAAAAAUCCUAUAGUGACUGAAAUGCAAGUCUCAUCUCUGCAGACUUUGAGUGGGAAUAACGGGAGGGCAUCCCACUCUCCUUCGUUCCCGUAAAGAAAAAAAAAUCGUUUAUUUAAAUGCAUUGUGAUCUUUUAUCUUUGCUGGUUCAAAGAUAAACUUUGUACUUUAACCCUUGUAUGGUGUUCGGGUCUGUGAGACCCGUGUUCAGUUUUUUUCAAAAGAAA